AUGCAAGAUAAAGUUAAAAUUCUCAUGCUUGGUGAAAGAAGUGUUGGAAAAUCCUCUCUCCUAAAUCGCUAUAUCGAUGACAAGUUUUACGACACCAUUCAAGCCACUCUCGGAGUUGAAUACAAAUAGAAAGUGAUUACCAAUGGCGAAUCGUAACUUACUGUUUAAGUAUGGGAUACUGCAGGUCAUCAUAUAGCUUUUCAUUUCUAGGCUAAGAGAGAUUCAGAUAUAUCGCUCCCAUUUAUUAUAGAAAUGCCCAAGGGGUUCCCAUGGUCUACAGCGUUGUUGAUCGAGAUUCGUUCAAUCAAGUGCAAACCUGGAUGGACUAUCUCAAGGAUCAGGUGGAUAAUCAACUGAUAUCCAUUAUUCUGGUUGCCAAUAAAUGUGAUCUUGAAAACAGACAUGUCUCCACAUCUGAAGGUUAAGAAUUGGCAUAACUUGUAAUAAUUUAUUCUAGAAAUAGUACUCAGUCAGAUAUUUUGAAUGCUCCGCCAAAACAGGAGCCCAAGUCAAAGAAAUGUACUCAGAAUUGAUUCAAUAAAUUCUCUCUAAAAGAAUACAAAAUAACGAUGAAUCCCAAAAACUCAGAAAUUUUCCUCAAGAUUAAGUAGAUAAUACAUAACCAUAAAAGUGCUGUUGAAUAAAAUCU